UGAAAUCAGCAAUAAAAUGGAAACCAACUGCUGUCUAAAGUGGCUAUGCGGCCACACAUGUUUUGCAUGGCUUCAGAUCUCCUUUCUUUUUCUUCUUUGCACGAAUUUCAUCCUCACGACGUCAUUCCUGGUAUUUGUGGAUAAUGAAAGUCCAGGUAAUAUAGGAACGGAUGACUUGGUGAUACCAUUAAUGAUUGCCAGUUCAAUGCUGUUGAUAAUCUCGUGCGUGAUUAUCGUAAUUCUAAUGGUUCGUAGAACGGAUCCUGCGGUAAAUAAUCAUUGUUUGAAUCGAAAUCCUUCGACAUCUAAUGGUCAAGAAGCCUCCACGUCUUUUGCAAGAGCAGAGGACAGCAAAAUGGUGCAGUGUCGCCGUAUAAUGGAAGCACAACCUAAAAACGAAAGUUCACCAUCUCUGAAAGUAGUUUCGCUUUCAUGGGUCCUGACAAGCAUUGAAUCAAUCUUACGUAUGAUUGGGUUAUUUCAUUUCCAAUCUGAAGCAUUGGAUGACGCACACGCGCCAUGGUGGGCAAUAGUUAUUUACCAUAUACUGGUGUUUAUUCAAACCACCUUCCAGUAUGCCUGCCUUUGCUAUUAUGAAAGCAACACCACUGUCAUUAGCAUGAAGAGCGAAAGUCAUCCCAGUGGGCCUCCUUGUGAAAAUUGUAAACAGGCUGAAAAAGAAUGUAACACGAUCCGAAAAUCUUUCUUAAUCAUGAUGGUGUUCAUGAACAGCUACAUGUGGAUUCUAAACGUGGCGAGCAUUAAGAUCAUUGUUGAUCUAACUAGUCAUAACAUGGAAGAAUUACUGAGUGAGUCGGUGGAAAGAAUUUUAUACACAGCAAAUAGAGCUUCGACGUUAGCUUUUCAUGUUGAAUCUGGCCUGCUGUUUUAUGGUUUCUACAGCCAAGGUUCCAAUAAACACGACCAUAAAAAUGAUUCGAGAGAACCGGAAUCGCAGCAUCUUGAUGAAAGGCAAAGCUACUGUUGCAGAAAGCACAUUUACAGGGUGUCAAGGUGGAUUGGUGGUGGAUUAUUUUUCGUGUUCAUUUUCUUGGGAAUUGGAUCAUUUCUUACUAGGCCUAAUGAAAGCGACGUUCACUACGCAGUCACAGUUGCGAUUGGCCUGAUCUUUUUAAUCAUAAUUGGAAUAACAUUGAGCACGACUUUGUCUUUCUAUAACAAGUGCUCACCGGCACAGGGUACUACUAGCACAUCUAAUGAGCAGAAUGAUAACCGGUGGAAAGAUUUAAUCGAAUAUAUGGCUGGUGAAAAUGUUGGUGAUUUGAGAAUUUUAUUGUUCUACUCCAUCUGCGCUGUGAGUUAUCAUCUUCUUUUGACAUUAAAAGUCACAUUUGGUGGUAUUCACGUGGACGUGUACCAACCUGUGCGUGAAGCAUUAAAAGGUCUCGCAUGUGUCAGUUUGACGGUGUUUAUGUUAUGGCUGAGUCGCAAGGACAGAAAAUUGAGAUGUUGGUUCAAGCUGAACUUGAUGCUGGGAAAUGUUAUCGCAUUAAUUUGCUUGGAGCUUAUCGAAGAAACAUUUGAACAUAGCUUCGCUCACAAAGAUCCACUGAAAUUGUACGCCCUGCCUCUUGCGAUUGAUUUCAAAACCUACGUCUUCGUCCAUUCGUACACUCACGUUGUUUCGGAGAGAAGAAAGAUAAAACACUCGAAUGCUUCGACUGCUAGUUUUAAUAGACCCAUAAAUAUUUAAGGCGAACCUCACUGACCGUCUGAUGCCUGAUUUUAUCUGAAGUACAAAUCAGAAAUAAAUACUGAUUUAAAAACGUGUCCACUCUAAUGAUAUCAAUUGAUUGACAAAAAUUAAGAGAUGUUUGCAAAUUAAAAAAUAAAGAAGAAGCUUAAUUCAGAAUAAAAUGUAAU